GAUGGUUCGUGAUUUGGGGUCUAAUCGAUAUCUGUUUACUUUCUACCAUGAACGUGACAUCGCCAGGGUGCUGUCUGAUGGCCCCUGGACUUUCGACCAAAAUCUGGUCUUGCUUCGUCGUUUGGAGGAUGGUGACGAUCCGAUGAUAGUAGCCUUAACAAAGGCAUCGUUUUGGAUACAGAUGCAUGAUGUUCCUGUGGGCUUUAUGUCUGAUAAAGUGGCGCGAAUGAUAGGCAAUCAUGUGGGCAUCUAUGAACAGUCCGAUAGUCGGAGUUUUGAUGGAAUAUGGAGGACUUUCAUCCGAGUUCGCACAACGAUCGAUGUGACUAAGCCGUUGAAGGCUAAGAUGAAGAUGAAGAAGCCGGGUGGGGAGUGGUUUUGGGUCACCCUGCGUUAUGAGCGUCUCCCAUCAUUUUGCUUUCAUUGUGGCAUUAUCGGCCACGCUGAUAAAUUUUGUCCAGAAGCUUUUGACAAACCUAUGCAGUCGACUGAGAGGCCGUUCGGGUCUUGGAUGAGGGCUGGUGGUCGACGGGGAGGGACGACAACUCCAAAUAAGUGGCUGGUUCUUGACCAGUCGACGGCGGGAAUGUCGGCAAGAGCCUUAGGCAGAUCGGGUUCUCCGGUGACGAGUAAUGAGAAAUUAAUGCAGCAGGUCGUGGGUAAUAUGCCGUUACAUGGAUUGAAUGUGGAUAAUGAUGAGGGAGUGAGGGCAUGUGAGGGGUCGGGUGAAUUAAAUGCUGAGGGAGGGUCUGAGGGUGUGGUCUUUACUGACCAAAAAAGGAAAAAAACGAUUAGUGAGGGGGAGAGUGAGGAAUCUGGGCCGGGUAUUUGGAAUAGCCCAAUGAUUGUGGAGGAAGUGGGACAUUUUAAUUCUGAGGAGGUGGGCUCUGGAUUCCAGGCCCACCGGGCCCAAUGAGUUGCUUUAGUUGGAACUGUCGUGGGCUUGGAAACC